AUGAAGAUGAUGAAGGUGCAGCAUGUGUGGCUGCUGGUCCUCUCCAUGGUGUCAGAGUCAGUCCGCGGAGCUCCGACACACAGAGACACCGACAGCAGCGCGUCUGUUCCUCAGGCAGCAGAGCGGCGUCCUGAUGAGGACCAUCAGACUCUCCAGGAGGUCCAGCAGCAGAACCUGCUGCAGACUCUUCCCUCUGGACCUUCUGGACCUUCUGGCCCCAGGUCCAGACCCCAGUGGUCCCAGCACCACCAGCAGGUCCUCCCUGCACCUGGACCUGAGGAAGACCCUGAGCUCUUCGUCCUGGACCUCAGCAGCUUCCCACAGCUGGCAAACGCCAACAUGGGCUCCCACAACCCCAACAUCCAGGUGACCAUCGAGGUGGUUGGGGACACACAGACUGAAACAGAGGUGGAGAUGGACCUGGUGAAGGAGGGUCAGCGUAAUGACUGGUCAGCCUCAUCGUCAGAAUGGGUCAACAGCCACAAGAAGUUGUUCUGGCCACUGUUCUGGGAAUACCCAGAGCAGCUGGGGAAUGGGCUGGAAAGAGCUAGUUUGGAGGAACAAUCUGAAGACUACAACUACGACCCAGAGGAGCCUGUUCUGAGUCCAGGAAGUGAAGACUGGGGUCACUGGAACAAAGACUGGGAUGCAAAGGAUAACUAUGACUACGAGGAGGAGUGGAGUGACUGGGCUCCCUGCAGCGCCUCCUGUGGGUACGGAACCCAGAAACGCACCCGGUCCUGCGGCUACGCCUGCAUGGCCACGGAGUCACGAACCUGCGACCUGGAGAACUGUGCUGACGGUGUGAUGUCAGCGACUGAACCGACACCCGUCCAGUCCACCAACAGCACAGACUCCCUGGACACAAACAUAAACAGCUGUGAGAAGUGGCUAAGCUGCAAGAAUGAAUUCCUCCAGAAGUACCUGCACCAGGUGCUCACAGAGCUCCCCAACUGCCCCUGCUCGUACCCGUCUGAGGCUAUUUAUAGCACCGUCAACAUCCAGGACGCCAAACUUCGCAAAACAUAUCGAUGGAGGGAUGCGAGCGGAUCCAAAGAACGCCUGGACAUCUACAAACCUUCAGCCAGAUUCUGCAUCCGCUCAAUGCUGUCGUAUGAUAGCACGACUUUGGCAGCGCAGCAUUGUUGCUAUGACGAUCAGAUGAGACUGAUAACACGAGGGAGAGGAGCAGGAGCGCCUAACUUGAUCAGUACAGAGUUCUCACCUGAACUGCAUUACAAGGUGGAUGUACUGCCCUGGAUCCUGUGCAAAGGGGACUGGAGCAGGUUUCAUUCAGUAAGGCCCCCCAAUAAUGGGCUGGACUGUUCAGAGAACCCCCCAGAACAAGUGUUCCAGAUGGAACUCAAAGAGGCCAGGGAAUACUGAAGGUGUGGGGUUGUUGAGUCACAACAGGACCAGAGAACAACAAGGAUGGAACACAUGUUGAUUGUAGCUGGUAGUUCAAAUCCCAAUGUCUUUUGUUGAUCAUCUCCAUCCUGCACAAGUAAAGAAACACUGAGCUGCUGUGGUCCUUAAACCUGCAUGGACUCCUGCCAGCUGGAGUUCUUUGGUGCAGUUUCAUGCUUUGUUGGUGCAACGGCAUGACCUCCUGCAUCAGUCGCACUUUGGUUAAAAAGGGACAUAAAUGUCCAAAUAUAUCAAUCAAUC